AUGUCUGUCAGGAACAUAGAACGGGCCUUCAAUGCCUUGCACUCGCAGCACAAUGAGGAGGCCGCGCUGGCUGAUCCAGCCCAGGCUCGGGUGCAGCAGGCGCAGACCGAGGCAGACAGGCUGAGGAGCCUCAGCACUUCUAUGACCACAGCUGACGUGAUCGAGCGAAUCCUCCUCCACUACGCAGAGCGUGACUACUUCAGGCUCCUGGAGCUACCAGCCCCCGAAGCAGACGUCCUGGGGAACGUGACAUGGCAGGGGACUGCCCUGGAGGUCUCAAAAGCAUACCGCAGGCUCUCCGUCCUCGUGCAUCCAGACAAGAACCCUGGGGAAGAUGCCCGCAAGGCGUUUGAGGCCCUGAAUGAGGCGCACCGGGUCUUGAAGGACGCAGACACGAGGGACACGCUGCUGAAGGAGCACCUGGAUGCAGCCCUCGGCAGGCGGUGGGGGAGGGAGGCGCGGGCGACGCUGGAGGAGCGGGUGGCUCUCAAUGCCGCCCAGGCGCAAGAAGCGGCGGCGCUGAGGAAGCAGGAGGUGCGUGGUGGGCUGUGGCGUCUACGAUGA